UUAGUUUAUUUGCAACAAUUAAGCACGUACAAUCUCUAUAUAAAUGCCCCCAUAGAGCAAGUAUUACUUCACACCACCUCUCAAAUAUUCUUAGAGUCCUUAACACAGAUAUUUAAUAUCUCUCUCUUUUUCUGUUUUCUUUUCCAUCCCCCAUUUUUUUCUCCAGCGGAGUCUUCUAUGGGUCAAAAGAAAACAUUGUUCGUUUGCGUUUUUUUCGUGAUGGUGCUUUUUAAUGGGUUUAAUUGCGUCCAUGGACGAACCCUAAGAAACAUGAAAGUUGAUGAUAAGAUGAAUGUUGGUCAUGAUGAUAGCAAGACGAUGAAGGCUAUGAACAACGAUCUGAUAGUUGAUGAAAAGGCGGUCCAGCUCUCGCAGCCACCUCCUUCGCCAACACCGGAAAGUAAAGAUGCAGAAGAUUUCAGGCCUACAACACCUGGUCAUAGCCCUGGGAUUGGCCAUAGUUUAUCGCACAACUAAACAUUUUCAUGCAAUUGUUAUUCCACAUAUGCAUGUGUAUAUGUGUAUUUGUGAUUUGUAAACGUAUGAUUUACUAUUGUAUUUUAAUCAUGUUCAUGCAGUUCCACUUAUAAUACGUACGUAACGAUGUUCGAUGAAAAAAAUCUUCAAUUUGCUUCUUGGAAUACAAAUGGUUUAGGUUUUCUUUUCCAGUCGAGGUUGAGUACAGAUGAUACCUCAUCAUUCGUAUAUAAGAAUCAUUCGGAAACUACAUAUAUGUAGAUCCUAAAAUAUACAUUAAGUAUUUGAUAGUGAUCGAAAAUUUAAUAUAAGGAAGAAAAGAUGAUGUAGGCAACAAUAUCUUUAGAACACAACGAUAUAAUUAGAUUCCAGUAGGCAAAGAUAGAUUUUAUUGAUGAAUAAGAUUGAAUACAACGAAUGAAAUGAGAUCGAACGUUACAAAUGAGAUCGAACGUUACAAAUGAGAUCGACAAGAGAGAAUACUUAAAGUUAGGUGAAAACAAGAUCGAAGUAUGAGUGUAGCUCUCUCCAGGGUUUUCAACGUAUCUAUCUUCGUAUCCAUCGAUCUCUUCUUAUAGUGGAUCACUCCGCGAUCUCCGUAACCGCUCUCUCGAUCUCCGGGCCCUCUAUCUCUUUGAACAGCUCGUAAUGGGCCUCUUACUCGUUCCGCGUCGCAUGGUCCAGACCGAUGCUGGACCAUUUGGCUUAUGGACCAAAAUUGUGUCCAACAAUAUACACAUUGUUAAAUAUUGGCCACAAUAAUUAAUCAUAAGAACUGGUUAUUAGUUUAAAGUUUUAUAUAAAUAUUUGAAGUUUUAAAACGCAGAUGCAACGUUUAUGACUUUUAAACAUUGCUAAAACUAUCUACUUAAAAAUCUAUAAAAUUUGAUAUAAUAACGAUCGAACUUGUUUUAUUAAUUCCAAAACAUAUAUCUAUAGAAAUAUUGUACAGUUGUAAUUUGAAGUUUGAACUAUUACUAACUACUCCAUCUGUUUCGAUUUAAUUAUCGUUUUAGGUUUUUUCAUACAGAUUAAAAAAAUAUUAAUUUUGUAUCUUUUUAAUAGAAACCAUCAUUACCUAUACAUCUAAUUAUAUUUCAAUCAAUAGAAAAUUUUAAUAUGAGAUUAAGAUUAAUAAAUUUUGCGAACUUUAAAACGACACUUAUUUUGUGACAAAAUUUUUUCUCGAUAAAUAAUUCAGAACGGAGGAAGUAAUAAAUAAAACAAUAGCUAUUGUAUGUAUUUUGUAUGCGUCAGAAAACUUUUAAAAAGCAUAUAUUUUGUCUGCGUCAGAAUACUUUUAAAAGAUACUUAGGCCAUGUUCGUUUACGUGUCGCGCGACCUGCGACUUGCGACUAAACCUGCGAUCUGUGACUAAAACUAUGUUCGUUUACGUGUCGUGCGACCUGCGAUCUGCGACCAGUCGCACGAUCAAAAUUUUCUUAGCUUUCAGUCGCUGUUUUUUCUGGCGACUUGAAUGGGAACCGGCGAGUGGUCGUGCGAUCAGUCGCGCGACAUCAAAACGAACAACAAUCUACGACUUGCGACAUGCGACCAAUCGCAGGUCUCAUUUUACGCGACAGCAAAACAAACAACGA